AGUAUUCUAAGAGUUCCGGUGAAGUGAAGUGGGUUCUUGUGGUUUGAUCACUAAAAAUAUACCAAAAUGGAUUGGAAUUUGAUACUUGUAACAAUAGUAACUUUGCUAGUAGCAGGAUAUUGGUACGCGAAGAAUAAGUUCCAGUAUUGGGAAAAGAAAGGAAUCCCUUUUGUGAAACCAGUAUUCCCAUAUGGACUCCUUAAAGGAAUAGGAAGUACAAGACAUACGAGUGAAAUCUUUACUAAAGCCUACCAAGAACUUAAAGGAAAAGAUGUCUUUGGUGGCAUAUAUUUCUUCGUCCAACCCGUUGGCUUAGCAACUGAUUUGGAUUUUCUCAAGAAUGUUUUAGUAAAAGAUUUUCAGUAUUUCCAUGAUCGUGGCGUUUACAACAACGAGAGGGACGAUCCUCUCUCUGGGCAUCUCUUUGCUCUAGCUGGACAAAGAUGGAGAAAUUUGAGGAAUAAACUUAGUCCAACUUUUACAUCCGGGAAGAUGAAGAUGAUGCAUAGUACGAUCAUUGCAGUUGCUAAGGAGUUUCAGGAUUACUUGGAACCUAUAGCUCAAAAGAAUCAAGAAGUUGAAAUUAAGGAUAUUCUCGCCCGAUUCACCACGGAUGUUAUUGGGAACUGUGCUUUUGGUGUUGAGUGUAAUAGUUUGAAAGAUCCUGAUACGGAAUUCCGAAGGAUUGGGAAGAAAGUGUUUGAGUUCACAGGAUUGGAGUUUACCCGCUUUUUCUUCUUGGCCGUUUUUCAAGAAUUAGGAAGAAUGUUAAGAAUGAAACUAACAAAACCAGAUGUUUCAGAAUUCUUCAUGAGACUUCUAAGAGAAACUACAGAGUAUAGGGAGAAGAAUAAUAUCAAGAGGAAUGAUUUCCUCUCACUUUUACUUCAAAUCAAAAAUACUGGAAAACUCGAGGGCGAUGAUACGGAAUUAGGAAAAAUGACUUUUGAAGAAUUGGCUGCACAAACGUUUUUGUUUUUUAUUGCGGGCUAUGAAACCUCUUCAUCGACUAUGACGUUUGCUCUCUAUGAAUUAGCUCAGCAUCAGGAUAUUCAGGAUAGGGCCAGAGAGGAAGUCAAUCGGAUUUUAAAGAAAUACAACGGUGAAUAUACUUACGAAGCUUGUAUGGAGAUGAAAUAUCUUGAUCAAAUCAUUAAUGAAUCAUUGAGAAAACAUCCAAUAGUUGAUUUCCUCGUAAGACGUUGUGGACAAGAUUAUCAAGUUCCGGGAACCAAACAUGUAAUCGACAAAGGGACUCUAAUGACAAUUCCUGUUUAUAGCAUUCAUCAUGAUCCUGAAUUCUACCCUGAUCCAGAGAAGUUUGAUCCUGAUCGUUUCACCGAAGAGAACAUGAAAAACCGACAUCCCUAUGCUUGGCUCCCGUUCGGGGAAGGUCCGAGGAUUUGUGUCGGAAUGAGGUUUGGCAUGAUGCAGACUAGGGUUGGACUGGCACACUUGCUUUCGAAAUAUCGGGUUAGGACGUCUCCUAAGACCGCUAUACCCCCUGUUUUGGAUCCUGCGAGUACUGUUAUGUCACCUAAGGGUGGAAUGUGGCUCAAGUUGGAUAAGAUUUAAUGUGUUUAUGGCUCGGGCACACCUUUUAGAUCAGCAAAAUUUCAUGAAGUCGAAAUUCGAAACCCUUUCUUUCUCAAAUGUUUUGCAUAUUACUAUCUCAUUCUUUCGCACAGCAAAUUCGAUUGAGCCAAAUUGAAUUUGGAGUGAUGUUUAAAAGAAGAAGAAGAAGAGUGAGAGAGAAUGAGAUAGACAUAUGCAAAGCAUGUGAGAAAGAAAAGGAUCCGAAUUGCGGCUUCAUGAAAUUUUCCUGAUCUAAAAGGUGUGCCGGAGCCAUUAAAAAUAAAAAAGACAAAUAUAACCUAAAUUUGAAAAUAUAUUUAUAAGUCUACAUAUUUGUCAUGAGAUUGAUCUUAAAGUAUUAAGGUAUUUUUGAAAAUUUUGCAGAAUCACUUGAUUAAAAAAUUUAAAAACA